UCCGAUCAUUUCCGCUGUGGAUGUACUUCCGCUGGCAGAGGCGGCCACAGUACCACUAGCCGCUCACUGAAAUGACAUAAUACAACACAUAGAUGGGAUUUUAUAUUAUAUUAGUAGACUAUUCAGCCGGCGAUUGUUGAAGUUAUGGCGUCCGCCUUCGUCGUCGGAGAUCAGUUCAAGGUGCGUGUGACAGAACUGUUGGAAGAGACGGACUCUUCACUGCCUGAAGGAUUGAGACAGAAACUGAGUGUUAUUGUGGAAAAGACAGGACAAACAACGCUGCCCUUCAGCAUAGCGAGACAAUUAAAGAAGUACUUGACGGGUCAAGGGCAUCCUUUUUAUUUACAUGAAUUGUUGGAGGAUAGUUCACUGCACCUACCUGAGAUUGUCAAGGCACCCAGAAACCCUGAACUGGUUGCACGCUUGGAUCUCAUUAAAGCCAGACUAGCAAAUGAAGAAUACAACAAGAUGACACGGAAUGUAAACAAUCAGGAAAUGAACCGAAAUGGAACACUGGCAGAUUUUGGUCGGGAAGUGCGGUCAGCGAAAGCCGUGGUUGUGACUGUUUUCAACUUCCUGGUGACGAUUGUUGCUACGUUCGCCUGCUCCUACAUGGGCAGUCAAUACCUGUUCACAGAAACACCAGCCCGGGUUGUAUCUGCUGUGAUCGCAACGUCUGUCGUCGGGCUUGCAGAGCUGUUCGUCCUGGUCCGGACCAUGGAGGGAGAACUCGGGGAACCCUAGCACCUGGAUUCCCAAAGUGGGGUACGCGUGCCCCCACAGGUACCUCAAUUGUCAUAGAGGGUACGUGAAUAAAAAUGAAAAAGUGUUGGCGCCUAACACUCACACAAUUACGAGUGCGCUUGAACGCCUCAGGGUGCAAGGAGAACGGAGCGGAAAGGAGACAGAACAUGAAGUUGCUUUGUGUGCAUUAUACUGUAUGAACAAUAAGUAAGUUUGUUGAUUAUUUUGUGCAUAAAGAGUGUUGAAGAUUGCAUUUAUAUUGGUGUUGCAAUCCCCGCACGGUGCAGCGGUGAAAAACUGUCACUGUGAGAGGGGAUUCCCCUGGAAAAUGAGGCAUUAUCCUUAGUUGUAUGUGCUGUAUUUUUUCAAGAUUCAAGAGAGUUUUAUUGUCAUGUUGUACUUCGGAUACUGCUUUAUCAUGAUUGUUGAACUUUCCCCUUCAAUGUGGUAUUAAAUUAAUAUGCAUACUUAAACCAUAGCCAUGGUGAGUGGAACAAAAAAAAGCAAAGCUCAAAUUUAACCCAUUCAAACUGAAGGAUGCCAACAUCAAACUGGAAUAAAAGAUAUUUAGGAUGAUUACUUAUUUAUCAGAGCUCUUGUGGAACUUGAUCAAAAUGUGACCAUGCAAAAUACACAUUUUCGACCUGGAAGUAUAAAAUUCAUUAACCAAUUAAUUAUGUUUGAUAUUUCAAUUUCAUUAAGAUAAAAUGUUUAGUUUUUUAAGUGUGCAGGAAUAUGAGAUACAUGGCUUCAGGUCAAAUAUCUGAAGGGGUACGCCGCUGUAAAAAGUUUGGGAACCACUGGUUUAAAGUUAUAGUGGUAUUGAAGCGAGCUCGAUACAGGUACAUGUAUUGUGGCACCCCUAAUAAUGAAAGGAACACAUUUCACGAAAAGGAGAAAAUGUGACAUUGUCCUUCCUCGGUGUAGUGACACGCAUCUACGUAUUCUCCUGCCUAUGUAUUCCUCCGCUGCACGCAUGUAAGUCAUUCCUUUUUUGUACUGUAUUCAUAAUUUCUGGGGGUGCAUCGUAACCACGAAAGGCCGUAACACAGAACCUUCUAACAUUGAACAUUGUAGCACGAGGACCGGGUGUAUUUUUUUAUUAUUUUCUGAAACCACAUCUGCUCCUUGAUGCUGCAGUAAAAAUUAACUUAAAAUUCCUGUCUAUGAUCAUUGUGUUUGUAUCAAUAAAAACAUCAACAUGCA